AUGAAACAGAAGCUCACCAAGGACCUCCUGAAGAACCUCUGUGCUGAGCUACAGAAAGAUGAGUUCGCGGGAACCUUGAUCAAGAAGCUGGUGGGCGAGCAUUGGCUGGAGAAGGUCGAUGACUUGCGGUACGUCCCGUCCACGCGACUAGAGGGCUGGGGCGUCCCGCUGAAGCUGAUAGACGAGAUAUAUGAUUUCUUGGCGGAGAACGAUGCCGACGAAGGUGCCCACAAUGUGAAUGCCUACGUCAACUACACUCUUCGCCCGGCCGUGCAGGGCUUCACGCCUGCGAUUUCGUUCGCAAAAUUACGCGACGAUGCCGAAAAGCGUCGACAUCCCAAGACCUGGGCAGCCAGACGGCUGCAACACUGGUUUCGGAAUCGGCAGAAGCAGCGGGCCAGGCGGCCGCUUGUGACAGAUGAUCAGGUUCUUUCGUGGGUCGAGGAUGGCGAUUUUUUCAAGCCGGACUCGGGCAAGUCGAAGGAGUUGCGCGAAAAGAGAGCCAAAGAAUCUCUCAAGAAAGGUGUCGCCAGGUGGCGGGAGCGCAAAGCUCGUGAGAAGGCUCAGGGAGUUCAAGGUCCUCAAACUCGUCCGGCACCUGCCGACCCAUUCUUGGCCAAGAUCGCUGCCACGAGCCCCAACACCAUUCCAGCUUUCCUUGCGCAGCGAGCCGCUGCACAACCACGGAAAUGCGAAGUUUCCGAGCUUUUCAGUGAGUUUGGCAAGACGCUGAACCAAUCGGAUGAGGAGUUGCGGCCCUACGUCCACAGGCUUGUCACCAUCAACUGGCUGGAAGAGAAGGCAGGUGAGUAUGACAGUAUGAUGAACGAUGAUGCAGAAUCAAAGGGCAACCCUGCGGCUUGCGGACAGGAGGAUUUGUCUUUGGUGGAAGAUCGCCACUGGGAAGCUUGGGCUAUCCCGGAGAAGCUGGUCAGUCUUACAGUGUUCAACGGCCCAGUGGGUCCCUUUCCCCUUGUUGAGACCUUGUCCCAGCAUAAGACCAUUCACUUCUCGCAGAGUCCAACAACUUCGAAGUUCGGUAGUGAGACCUGGGCUUACCUGCCGCUUAUCAUUCCUGCACAGAUCCAUGCGGAGGCUUCGGCCACGUUGUGCCUGAAUCUCAAUCUGCCAGUGAUAGCAGCCGAUGUGGAGCAUCACCUCGUUUCACCGGGAGGUGCCCUCCCGGACCCGACACACUUUGACGGUGGUUCCCUUUUCACGAUCGAUGUCAUGCUUUGUACUCCCGGCAUCGACUUCCAAGGUGGAGACUUCUGCACGAUGGAACGCGACGGCCAACUGCAGAAGCAUUCUUUCGACAAGGGGGAUGCCCUGAUAUUUCUGUCGCACAAAGCCCACUGCGUCCAGCCAGUGACAGAGGGCCUGCGACAGACUUUGGUGAUUGAGCUGUGGGAAGGUGAGGAGCGCAGUUGCAACCACCGCUGUCACCAGCGAUCGGGGCCCUGCGAGGGCUUCGAAGGAGAUGGGGCCGACGAGAGCUUGAAGGCGGACCAGAUCGCCGAAGAGGGCCCGAGCAUCUUCGUGCAUCUCUCAAGUACUCCUUUGUUGGCCGGAUCCACGAAUCGUUUCAGACGUCACACCCUGCGAGUAUGGGAUCAGAACCUGCUAUUUGGUGGGUUUUUCGAGCUCGAGGAAACGUUGCAGCCGUUGGCACCCAGGCCACGACUGCCUUUGAAGGCAUCGCGGCGAAGAGCAACUGUGAUGCCGGGUUCUUGUUCUGCCAAGGUAGCGCAGCUCCUCUCCCAGGGGGCACGGCCAGGGCAGAACGCCAAUGUCGAGGCUGCAGUGGGCAUUUUGUCUCAAGGAGAGACAUUCAGCGCGACCGAAGGCGGCGGCUACGCGGAGGAACGCCACGACAUCUCCAGAGUAUCCGCGCUGCGAUGUAGUGUCUUGCCCAGUGCUGCCGCAGUGGCCCUUCAGACCGACAGUUUCCAGGCCUUCCUUCAGGCGGUUCCACGACAUCGCUUCCCUCGCCAGCGUCGCUGUCGACGUGUUUGGGCCGGUAAGAAAAGUGAACGCUUCAAGGUGAGCGGCCCAUCUACAAUCCAGACCCUGUGUGGCGAGCUUUGUGGGCGCAAGGUCGCUUUGAUUCUUUGUGGCGAGGCUCAUGAGGACGCCCUGGACCUUACCCGGACAGGCAGUGUCAUCGCAGCAAAAAUGGGCUGGGUUCCCAUGGAUCCGCUGGAGCUCCCUCGCGCGGUGGAUGUUGCCGCGGCGGCGCUACAGCACCGGGGCACCUUGAAAAGUGCCCGGACCUGGGCCGAACAGGCACUGGCUCGUUUGGCAAGUGGGACAGAAGCAGGAACGGACUUCAGCGGAAGUUUGCUGGUCUUUUGCGAAAGCCACAGCCCGAAGGAGCGAGGCAAUGCGUGGUUGUUCUUGCCGGGCACUUUGAGAUACUUGCAAAGACCGAGCCAGGACAAGAGCACAUGCUAUCUCGUGUGGGACGAUCUAGACGAAGAUGCCAGGUGGGUGCGAAAGCAAAAAAUGCAAGGUUUAAGGGUACAUCCUUCCGAACAUGACGCUAUGGUCACGAGGCGGAAAAACAGGCGCUUGGAGGAGAAAGUCGAGCUUUUUGAUGAUUGGCUUCUGAGACAUGCCGGUGAUCCCCGAGUGCAGGUCAUCUUGGAAGGCCCCGUGUUGGACACAGAAGUGGAACUGCACGAGGAGCCUGGCGUUGAGCCGGCACCAUUGGCUCACCGGUCCUUGCAGUUGAUGGAGCUGGAUUCCUGCGACGAGGAGGAGCCGGAGGAUGACGAGCAGACGCGCAGGUUCUCUGGAGAGGAUGGGACCGGGACCUUCCUCGAAUUCCUCCGACGUCGUGUGCUGCAGCACCUGGACCCGUGGAGGAUCCGUUUCAUGGACCCGAGAGAGUUGGGAGAUCCGGACGAUGAGGAGCUGCGCAUCAGGUUCCAGAGCCUCCUUCAGAAGCCGAUGCCACGGGACCUGGAGGAGCAAAAAGCCGAUGAACUGGGCUUGGCCGCCACGAAGCGGCCCAUAAAGCAAUGGGUGAAGCAGGCGCUUGGGACUCCCACAGUUCCUUCUUGGGAGGCCUUCUUUGGAGCAUCUUCUGAGCUCUUGUACUACUCCCCCCACAUCCGGGGCGACUUCGUACCCUUCCUCGCUUGCGUGCUGAAGGCCUCGGAGGCAAAACGGCCCCAGGGAGUGGUGUUGGAAUUCUUCCAACAUCUCUACUGCGGAAAGCUGUCAGACGCCUUUGCCAUGUUGCGGAAGGACGAGGGGGCCCGCUCAUGCCUGCGAGUGCGCUCUGCCCUGCAUCUUCGCCCGGACCGGAAAAGCUACAGACGCCGCCAGGAUGUUCGGCGCUUGAUCCCCGUCCACUGUGCGCCUGUGGAUCGGUUCUUGAAGGCGCGGAACUCUGACCCACCCAGGACUUGGAUCUCAGACUUGGCGGAGCACGUCAAGAACGGAGGUGCCGAGGAUGUCGUGAGAGCAGUUCAAUCUUGGUACCUGAGAUCGGUGGAAACCUUCCUGAACAACCCGAAAGCGCAAGACGUCGAGGGCGACUAUUUCGUUGCGUGGCUCCGGGAAUGUCAUCGCGAGAUCCAUGAUGACAUCGACACCUCCGAUCCGGCUUUGCUCCGGUCCCGGGAUCGCGUUCCGAGCCUCUCAAAGGAGCGUCCUACGAAGUACCAUAACCUCCGAGGGAUCCACAUCCCGGGCUUCGAGGAUGCGAUGAGAGAGAUCGUCAGCUUCGAUCCGAAUGCCGGAAAGCCAACCUCAAAGAGGCAGCGGGUCCUGGCCAAGAUCAUCAUCGAUGUCUUCCAGCUUCGCAUGGUCGACUUGGCGGCGAUCCUUUUGGUCUCAGAUCGUGUGCUCCAGGCCCGCGUUGGGACCGAGGUGGUCGUGAUCUUGUACGCUGGGAGCGACCACGCCAGCGCUGUAGAGAGCUUCUUCCGGGAGCGUGGAUUCCGAGGAGAUCACCUGCCGCGAGCUGGCCGAGUGGGAAAGGACUACUGGUAUCCUGAUGAGCAAAGAGGGCUCCACCUGCCGAGCUACCUCCAUGAUUUCGGCGAUCUCUUCAGCUGA